AUGACCAGCAAUUGGUCGGCAUUGACGCUGAAGUCCGUAGCAUCGCGGAUGCUGAUACUGCGCAUGACGUCUGCAUGCUGGUCCCCACCAUGGCCUGCAAAACAUAAGGUUAAUCUGAAACACGCACUAAGCCCGCCACUUGCUGGUCUUCCGCCCGCGCUGCGAAUCCAGGCUUACAUCGCCUAUCACACCCCAUCACCAUUCGGCACUACUUUCGGUAUCCGAGGCGAUCGUCUUCGACUUCAAAAACAACAAAGACUUGGUUUGGGAAGUGGUCUUCAGGAGCCGUCAGGCCUACCGUCAUUGUACAAGAAGCAAGGGAUGCGCGACUUCUUUGUUCCUUCCUAUUCAGCCAACAGUCAGACAAGCCCCUUCCUUCUGGGCAACGGCUGA